GUUAAGAUGAACGUUUUUAAACCACCUAUCUUGCCAAUAAAUCACACGAGUGUCUCCUUAAUCGUUACAUGAAAGAUUAAACAUUCCCAACAACACCCAACACAUGUUCACGUGCGUCUGUGUAACACGUAGCAGACGGAAAAGCCAUGUUGCCGCCCCGGCGGUUUGACCCGUCAGCUGUGCGGCUAACGGCGGUUUCGCCGCUGACACGUCGUGACAACACGGCGACACGUUGCGGCAGCGCGUUUGAUACACCCGCAGAAGUCGAGGGUGGCAGUUUACUUGAGGUGUGUAACCUGGGUCGCGUGUGUCCUGCGUUAUGCUCAGGCUCCAGAAGAGGCUGGCCUCCAGCGUCCUGCGCUGCGGCAAGAAGAAGGUCUGGCUGGACCCCAACGAGACGAACGAGAUCGCCAACGCCAACUCACGUCAGCAGGUCCGUAAAUUGGUGAAGGAUGGUCUCAUCAUUCGCAAACCUGUAACUGUCCACUCCCGCGCCCGCUGCCGCAAGAACACACUGGCACGUCGCAAGGGAAGACACAUGGGAGUUGGUUAGAGAAAGGGUACAGCCAACGCUCGUAUGCCAGAGAAGUUAUGCUGGAUGCGCCGCAUGCGGAUCCUGCGCCGUCUGCUGCGUCGCUACAGGGAGGCCAAAAAGAUCGACAGGCACAUGUAUCACAGCCUCUAUCUGAGAGCCAAAGGUAAUGUGUUCAAGAAUAAGCGCAUCCUCAUGGAACACAUCCACAAGUUGAAGGCAGACAAGGCUCGCAAGAAGCUCCUCUCCGAUCAGGCCGAGGCUCGGCGCACAAAGACAAAGGAGGCCCGCAAGCGCAGAGAGGAGCGCCUCCUGGUCAAGAAGGAGGAGUUCAUCAAGACCCUGGCCUUGGAGGAGGAGAUGUCCAAGAAGUGAUCUGGUUAUGUCGACCCUGCCUGACGCCUCCACAUGUCAAGUGCUGACAAUAAAAGUGCACAUAAAGACAGU